ACAAAGAGAAAAUACAAUGAGUCGCUUUAUUGGCUGCCCUGAAUGACCUCCUGCUUAACAUUAAAUAUAUUCUUAAGAACUGAAUACAAUUUAUUCAUCCGCGCGACCCAGAGCCAGAAUGAAAUGGCUUUUGGGAGUCCUACACCUGGAAAUAUUCUGUCUUUCUGCAAGACAUGGACAUCUAUGAGAUCACCAAAAAAUAUUUUUCUGGUGACAUUGAAGCAGUCAAAAUCUUCAUAACUGAGCAUCCAGAUGAACCAACAUUAUGAUGUGGUGGCUUUGAUGCUGGCCGAGGGUUCAGUGAAAUCAGAAUUAAAGAACAAUCAGAAAAUGACACUGUUGCUUGAAGCCGUUUCCAGGGGCCACCUCGGAAUGAUACACAGGUUAAUAGCCCUGGGAGCAAACAUAAAUACUGUUAAUGGUGAAGGUAACAGCUGUUUGCACCUUGCUGUGAAAACAGAAGUGUUUAAUUCCGAGGAUGCACCCAUGGAUGUACUAAACGAAUGCUGCACUGCCACCAACCUAAAAACGAAAAAAAGACUCUCUGGUAUAGUGGUUGCGAGAUAUCUCGUCAGCCAGGGAGCUGACUUUCACCAUAAAAACAACAAAAAUAACAGACCAUUGGACCUCAUUAAGGACCCAGAUUUGAGAAAAAACUUAGAAACAUUUUUACAACCACAUUAA